CCGGCGCGGAGCCUAGUGCUGAGCGUAGCCCCCGCUGGCCCGCCCGCGCCUGCGGUCGCCCCGGACCUCUCAGCCCCAGCGCCGGGAGUUCGCUGCGCGCUCCAGACAAGAUGGCGCGGCCGGUCUGGCGAGCGCUCGGGGCCCCGCUCCGCUCGCCUUGUCUUCUUCUCCACUGGCUGUUGCUGGUGCUGGUGCUGCUUCGGCUGGAGCCCGCAUCGGCCGCGGCCGGCCGGCGGGCGCCCUGCGCUGCCGCCUGCACUUGCGCUGGGGACUCGCUGAACUGCGGCGGGCGCGGGCUGGCGGCGCUGCCCGGGGACCUGCCCGCCUGGACGCGGAGCCUAAACCUGAGUUACAGCAAACUUUCUGAGAUUGAUCCUGCUGGUUUUGAGGACUUGCCGAAUCUCCAAGAAGUGUGCCUCAAUAACAAUGAGCUGACAGCCAUACCGUCGCUGGGUGCUGCCUCAUCUCGUAUCCUCUCUCUCUUUCUGCAACACAAUAGGAUCCGCAGCGUGGAGGGGAGUCAGCUGAAGGCUUACGUCUCCUUGGAAGUGCUGGAUCUAAGCUCCAACAACAUCACAGAGAUCCGGAGCACCUGCUUCCCGCACGGGCUGCCCAUAAAGGAGCUCAACCUGGCAAGCAACCGGAUCAGCACCCUGGAGUCGGGAGCAUUUGAUGGUCUGUCACGGUCGCUGCUGACGCUUCGGCUGAGCAAAAACAGGAUCACGCAGCUUCCUGUGAAAGCGUUCAAGUUACCCCGGCUGACACAACUGGACCUCAAUCGGAAUCGGAUUCGGCUCAUCGAGGGCCUGACGUUCCAAGGGCUCGACAGUUUGGAGGUGCUGAGGCUCCAGCGAAACAACAUCAGCAAGCUGACGGACGGCGCCUUCUGGGGGCUGGCCAGGAUGCAGGCGCUGCACCUGGAGUACAAUAGCCUGGCGGAGGUGAACAGCGGCUCACUCUACGGCCUCACAGCCCUGCACCAGCUCCACCUUGGCAACAACUCCAUCUCCCGGAUCCACCGCGACGGCUGGAGCUUCUGCCAGAAGCUGCACGAGCUGAUUCUGUCCUUCAAUAAUCUGACCCGGCUGGAUGAGGAGAGCCUAGCUGACCUGAGUAGCUUGAGCAUCCUACGCCUCAGCCACAAUUCCAUCAGUCACGUCGCGGAAGGCGCCUUCCGGGGACUCAAAAGCCUGCGCGUCCUGUCCGAGCUCCCCUCCCCGCUGGCGCUCACGGGAGCCGAGAGCAGCAUCCUUUCUGGCUCCGGCCCGCGUCUGCUGGGGCUCAGGAGGGGACGAUGGGGCGGACCUCGUGGGAAGUUGGAGAGGGCCAACCCAGGGCAGCACGGGGGCCUGGCCGCCAGGGACUUGGACCACAACGAGAUUUCGGGGACAAUCGAGGACACCAGUGGUGCUUUCACAGGGCUUGACAGCCUCAGCAAGCUAACUCUGUCGGGAAACAAGAUCAAGUCCGUGGCUAAGAGAGCGUUCUCGGGGCUGGAAGGUCUGGAGCACCUCAACCUUGGAGAGAAUGCAAUCAGAUCUGUCCAGUUUGAUGCCUUUGUGAAGAUGAAGAAUCUUAAAGAGCUCCAUAUCAGCAGCGACAGCUUCCUGUGCGACUGCCAGCUGAAGUGGCUGCCCCCGUGGCUGCUGGGCAGGAUGCUGCAGGGCUUCGUGACAGCCACCUGUGCCCACCCAGAGUCACUGAAGGGCCAGAGCAUCUUUGCCGUGCCGCCAGAGAGUUUCGUGUGUGAUGACGUACCCAAGCCACAGAUUAUCACCCAGCCAGAGACGACCACGGCCGUGGUGGGCAAGGACGUCCGCUUCACUUGCUCGGCCGCCAGCAGCAGCAGUUCCCCCAUGACGUUCGCCUGGAAGAAGGACAACGAGGUGCUGGCCAAUGCCGACAUGGAGAACUUCGCCCACGUCCGCGCUCAGGACGGGGAGGUGAUGGAGUACACCACCAUCCUGCACCUGCGCCGUGUCACCUUCGGGCACGAGGGCCGCUACCAGUGCGUCAUCACCAACCACUUCGGCUCCACCUACUCGCACAAGGCUAGGCUCACUGUGAAUGUGUUGCCAUCCUUCACCAAAAUGCCCCACGACAUUGCCAUCCGGACUGGCACCAUGGCCCGUCUAGAAUGUGCCGCCACUGGCCACCCUAACCCCCAGAUCGCCUGGCAGAAGGAUGGAGGCACAGAUUUCCCCGCUGCUCGUGAGCGACGCAUGCACGUCAUGCCAGACGACGAUGUGUUUUUCAUCACUGAUGUGAAGAUAGAUGACAUGGGGGUUUAUAGCUGUACCGCCCAGAACUCGGCCGGCUCCAUUUCAGCGAACGCCACCCUGACCGUCCUAGAAACCCCGUCCUUGGCGGUGCCCUUGGAGGACCGCGUGGCAUCCGUGGGAGAAACAGUGGCUCUCCAGUGCAAAGCGACUGGAAGCCCUCCGCCCCGCAUCACCUGGCUCAAGGGGGACCGGCCCCUGAUCCUCACCGAGCGGCACCACUUCACCCCCGGCAACCAGCUGCUGGUCGUUCAGAACGUGGUGGCGGAAGACGCGGGCCGCUACACCUGCGAGAUGUCCAACGCCCUGGGCACCGAGCGCGCUCACAGCCAACUGAGCGUCCUGCCCACUCCGGGCUGCAGGAAGGACGGCACCACCGUGGGCAUCUUCACCAUCGCCGUGGUGUGCAGUAUCGUGCUGACGUCCCUGGUCUGGGUGUGCAUCAUCUAUCAGACCAGGAAGAAGAGUGAGGAGUACAGCGUCACUAACACAGAUGAAACCAUCGUGCCACCAGAUGUUCCGAGCUACCUCUCUUCCCAGGGGACCCUUUCUGACCGACAGGAAACCGUGGUCAGGACGGAGGGUGGCCACCAGGCCAAUGGGCACAUCGAGAGCAACGGUGUCUGUCCGAGCAACGCAGGCCUCUUUCCGGAGGUGGAAGCUCACGGCAUUACGUGCAGGCAGCCCAAGCUCUGCACCGGGCACACGAAGGAGCGGUGGGAAGUGGUGGAGAAGGCCGACGGCACACCUGGCCCACAGAAGAGGAUAGAGCACGGCGGCCCGGCGGUGUACGGCGACUGCAGCACCAACGGGCGCAGUCCCUCCGAGGAGCAGGCCUUCUGUCCUCAGCCUGUGCCCAGAGACAGUGCACAGCCAGGAACCCUGAGCGGCCUGGAGCCCAGCCCGAGUGACCGCCCACGCUCUCCACAGCAGCAGAGCAGCGGGGCCGCUGACGGGUCCCGCAGCCACUGCAGGGGGUCCCUCUACCCCAGUAACCACGACAGAAUGCUGGCAGCCUUGAAGAAGCCAGCGGCGCCUCUAGAUGGGAAAGGGGCCUCCUCUUGGACGAUAGCGCGGUUGUGUGAGCUGGACCCCUUAGACCUGCAGCCUUCGUGUGCGUUUACUCCGGGCAAGCCUGAGCUCACAGAAGCUGCCUCGGGCUUUCCUGACGUGCCCAGUGAAGGCCAGCGCUUGCUUCUUUCCAAUGGACACGUCCCCCAAGCCUGUGACUUCGGUUCUGAGUCCACACCCGUGACGGGACAGCCGCCCGGGAGACGGAGCGCGCCACUGCUGUUUGCACCCAAAAGCUAGGCUUAUGUCUACCUCGGCUCUUGUGGCGUCGAUGUCUGCAGGAAGGAGAGGUGGGUGAGGGAGCCUGGCGGCUUCAAGCAUCACUGUUUUGUACAUAGUUUUCACCUCCGUGUGGAGCGUCAGCAGUUUGAAGGACUUGCAGCUGAAGCACAGAAACGCAAGAGGCUAUUGUGUACAAAAGGCAGAAAAGUAUUUGAUACCCUUGUACAUAAGAGUUUGCAGAGAUGGCAUAUAUAUUAUAUAUAUCUUUUACAGAGGCUAUUUUAAUCUUUAGUGCAUGGUUAACGGAAAAAAAAUUGUACAAUUUUGACAAUAUUUUUCAUACCAGGUUGAUGUUCUAAUUUUGGAGGCGGGUGGAUAGUUCUGGUGCCUUAAUGCGUGGAUGGAGCUCCUGGGAACUACAAACCACAUGUUCAC